UCCCUAUCUAGUUCUCAAGCAAGAAGAUAACCUAAUUCUUUCUUUUGUUUUGAAAGGUUCUUUCCAUUCUAUAAGAGCAGUCUUAAAAAAGAAAAGGAAAAAGACACAAACCCCUCAUAGUGUCGACAUGGGUUGCCAAGAAGAGGUGUUGAUAGAGAAAGUCUGCAAUUUGUAUUAUGAAAUCUCAAGCCUUGAGAGCCUGAAACCUUCCAAAAAUGUCGACAUGCUGUUCACACAGCUUGUUCUCACGUGCAUACCACCAAUCUCUAUUGACGUUACAAAACUUCCUAACAAAAUCCAAGAAAUAAGGUCUAAACUCAUUAGACUCUGUGGCCAAGCUGAAGGUUUUUUGGAAAAUCAUUUCUCAGCUAUCUUAGCUUCUUAUGAAAACCCACUUGACCAUCUCAAUAUGUUCCCUUACUAUUCAAACUACCUUAAACUUAGUAACCUUGAAUUCACCAUCCUUAACCAACAUUACUCUACUGUCCCUAGCCAAAUAGCUUUUGUGGGUUCUGGUCCUCUCCCUUUAACUUCAAUAGUUUUAGCCUCCAAUCACUUUCCUAAUACCUCCUUCCAUAACUAUGAUAUUGACCCAUCAGCCAAUUCCAAAGCUGUUCAAUUGGUCUCAUCUCAUCCUGACUUGUCUAAGAGAAUGUUUUUUCACACAACUGAUAUAAUGGAUGUUUCUACUGAAGAACUCAAAUCUUUCGAUGUCGUUUUCUUGGCUGCUUUAGUUGGUAUGGACAAAGAAGAGAAAGUUAGAGUUCUUGAUCAUUUGGCCAAAAAUAUGGCUCGUGGUGCUAUGUUACUGCUAAGGAGCGCUAAUGGAGCUAGGGCUUUUCUUUAUCCUGUUGUUGAUCCUUGUGAUCUUCAAGGUUUCGAGGUUCUUUCUGUGUUUCAUCCAACUGAUGAAGUUAUAAAUUCUGUUAUUAUCGCUCGUAAACUUGAUUAUGGCUAUAAUGACCACCAAAUAAAGCCUCUCCAUGAUCUUCAACAACAAGGUCUUGUUUCCAAUUUAAUAUUGCCUACGAAAUGCUCUGAGAUCGAAGCUUUUAAUCCACUUAACCAUGGAAAUAUGGUUGAAGAAUUGACUAUUGAGGAGAAACUCUCUUAAAAAAAAGAAAUUCUUACAUCUUUCUCUAUCUAUCUUUCUUGAUUAAUAUUUGUUAUCUAUUGUAUUAGCUCUGUAUUAUCUAUUGUAAUCUCCUCUUCUAUCUGUUUGUGUCGUUUUAGUGCUCCAUAUUGAAGUUUUGAUGAAUAAAGAUUCCUAUUUCAUCUUGUGUGCUUCGAAACCACACAUUUCUUUA